GCGCUUGAAGCGUGCAGAAGUGUAUUUAAAUAUUGAAAAGAAGAACAUUAAUACGUAUACGUAAUAUUUUAAAGUGUUGUGAUAGUUCUGUGACAAGAUACAAAAUGAAAUUGAAAACAAACUGUAAACAGUUAGUCAGUGCGGGUGCGCAACUGCUCGGCCUACUCAUCUGUCUGAGUGGUAUGCGUACAAGUGCCGGCUAUGCCAUUGGCCAGUCCAAGUUUGGCAACAUUGAGAAGUUCCCCUACCAAGUGAUGCUCAUUGGCAAACAGCUGUGGCGCAAGCGCAUACUUUGCGGCGGCACCUUGUUGAACAGACGCUGGGUGCUCACGGCUGGCCACUGCACCAUGGGCGUCACACACUUUGACAUAUAUUUGGGAACGCGCAGCGUGCAGGAUACGGAGCAACUGGGCGGCUUGGUGCUGCGUUCGAAUAAGUUUAUAAUGCAUGAACGCUUCAAUCCGGAGACGGCGGCCAAUGAUAUUGCGUUGGUCAAGCUGCCCACUGAGGUGAACUACACACCACGCAUACAGCCAGCAGAGCUGCCAAGCAGACGACGCUUGGAACAGUUUACGGGCAUGAGCGUGGUGGCCAGCGGUUGGGGCGCUAUGGUUGCAAUGUCUAGCACGGAUGGAAUGCAGUACACUGAGCUUAAAGUCAUACCCAAUGCGGAAUGCGCCGAGGAGUACGAUGUGAUUACGCCUGGUGUAAUGUGCGCUAAAGGACUCAAGGAUGAGUCAGUCUGCACGGGUGAUUCGGGCGGUCCACUAGUGCUUAAGGGCACACAGAUGCUGGUGGGCAUCAUCAGCUUCGGUCCUGCCGAUGGCGCUGCUGGCGGCGGCUGCGAUCAGACAAAUAUACCUGGUGGCUUCACACGAGUCACUCACUAUUUGGACUGGAUUGAGAGCAAGAUUGGCAGUCACCAGCAGCCAAAGCAGCAGCAGGAGCAGCAUCCACACCAGCAUGCGCAUCACAAGCAUCGCGAUGAUAACUUCGUCUAGCUUGACAUUACUUAGUAGACUUCAUAACCACUCCGACUGAUAACUCUUUUAGCUUUAUUUAUAUAUUUUGUGAUAUUGUUUUGUACAUAUGCUCAGCUCAAGGAAUUUGUUCAAUUAUUACCUAUGUAUUUAUUCUAGUUGUAAGCUCUAAGUUGAAAACCCCCGCGCACAGUGGGGGCCUAAAAGAAAGCAUUUAAGCAAAUACAAAAGAAAUUUGAUAAAACAAAAACCGGCUUAGCUAUAUUUAUUACUGAACGUU